AUGGGAAAGAAAGCAAAAGGGUCAAGGAAGGGUAAGAAGGCGUGGAGGGCUAACAUCAGCACCGAAGAGAUCGAAGAUUUCUUCGAGAAAUCAACGAAGGACGCUCUUUCUGGUGGCUCUCUCCAAGCCCUUUCCAGUGAUUCCCUUUUUUAUGAAGACAAGUCCAAAGAUAUUGCGGUGAAGAAGAAGAUUGAGAAGCACAGGGAGAAAGUGCUCCAUUGUGAUAGCCUGCUACAGAAAAACCAGUUUGUUAAGCCGGUGCCAUCUUCUAUUCUGAAGAAGUGUUCUAAAAACCGCAAAACGGUCUCUAAUGUGAAAGUGGUCAAUCAAGAUGGUGAUAAGGAUGAUUCCACAGUGUUUGAUCUAUGGAAUGAUAAAGGUGAGGAUAACAAGCACGUGAAAAAGGUGGCAAAGCCUACUCUCAUUCCAGCAGUAGAGGUUGAUCCUCCAGGCUGCUCUUUCAAUCCCUCAUAUGAAAGUCACCAGGAUACAUUAGCUUCUGCUGUUGCGGAAGAAAUGCAAAAAAUCUACAAAAAGGAAUUGGGCCCUAAACCAGUGCCAUUAACUGUUCCUGGAGAAGCUAUUACUGAAGAAGAUAUGUAUUUUCUUGAUGUUGAUGAUGGGAAUGACGAUGAAGAUAGUACUCUUGAAAAUGAGGGUGAAAAUGAAAAUGCUACAUCAGAGAAAAAGCUUAUUAAAACAAAGAGAGUGACAAAAGUUGAGUUGAAUAAGAGAGCUAGGCGGAAAGAACAACUGAAGAAAGAAGCAGAAGCUAAUAAGAAGAAGGAAUUGUCAAAGGAUAUUGAUAGCAUACCUGACAUUAUUCAGGAAAUUGAGCAAGAAGACGAGAAAAAGAAGAAAAGACAUCUUAGGCGACAAGUUGCUAAGCAGGAGAUGUUAAAGACACGCCCACCACGCAUAGGAAAGCACAAGUUUGAGCCUGCACCUGUUCAAGUUUUAUUAAGUGAAGAAAUAACUGGAUCCAUUCGGAAGCUCAAGGGCUGCUGCACCCUUGUAAAGGAUCGAUAUAAAAGCCUAGAAAAAAGAGGAUUGAUUCUUCCAACAAAAAGAAGGUUAGAAUUAGUGGUCCCAGUAUUAACUACAUACUUGUGUUACUUCAAAAGUUAUGGAGAUGUUGAUAUUUCCGUUCCGCGGUUUCUGUUGUUCGAGUGCGAUUAUAGAAUUAGAGCUAAUGUCAAUUUACUUCGUCUCCUUGCAUUGCAGCUUGAGCAUUUUGAUGAUUUCACUAUUGCUUCUUCAUGGGAAAGGUUUAUUUCUGAAAUAGAGGCAGUUUGUCGGAUUUGGAUGGCUGAUGGUCCAAAGAGGUUAUUGGAUAAAGGUGCAGUUACGUUAGGGUAUCCCAAAAAUUCAUACAAGGUCAAAUCCGAAUUGAAGUAUGCCAUGAAAAGUUACUGCAUGGAGUACUGUUUUGAGACCAACAUUAAUGGAAAACCUGGCACUGCAGACUGGAGGUCUUCUUUUCAUGAUCUGCAGUUAUGUUUUGGAGUAAAGGAAUUUUUGGUGAUUUCUCCUAAAAGUGCAAGCAGUGUUGUUCUUGAUGUACCAGAGGCAAGCAAGCUACUGAGUGCUGUUGCAAUUGCUUUGUCAAAUUGUUCAAGUUUAUGGCCAGCAUUUGUUCCAGUUCAUGAUCCUUCGCGGAAAGCAUAUAUUGGAAUUCAGAACUUGGGUACUGUAUUCACUAGAAGGUUUGAAGCAGAUUGGAUUGGUAGUCAGGUUCCAAUAAGACUCUUGCAUUUGGAGGGCCUGUACGAGUUGUUUGUGUCUAAGUUUCUAACAUACAAAAUGCUUCCUUAUGACGAUGACAAUAUUACAGCCAUUGAUGCUCAAAAUACAAAUUCUGGAGAAAGUCUUAUCUGUGAAGCCCCCAAUGAAACACUGUGGGAUAAUGCUUGUCCUUGGAGUGAGUGGUAUUCUGCAGAGGAUCCUGUUAAAGGUUUUGAGUUGAUUACAAUAUGGUCAGAGAAGAUGGUUGAAAGUUCAACGGAAAUGGCUGAACUGGAAAAUGCCUCACCUUAUGAAGCUGAGAAGUGGUUGAUCUCUCCAAGUUGUGCUCCAAAACUGCUUGAAGGUUCUGAAUGGAAUCAAAUUGGAUUUGCAUCCCGGUUGCAUUUUCUAGUUGAUGCAUUGAAAAUGUCGUUCAAGGCCCAAUUUAUGGAAAAUUUUGUUUCAGAUGAGAACUUUGGUUCUGACAAUUUGAAUUCCUCAAUUGUUAUACCUCCACCAACUGUUAGAGAUCGAGUACUGAAAAAGCUAUUUCAAGAAGGCACUUAUAUCCCUGGGAAACCUGACAUGGCAUUGAGGGUCGGACAUUCGGCUUAUGGUGGAAAUAAGACUUCUCGAGCCAUAAAAGGCGCACCUCUUGAAUCUCUUUUUGCACAAUUUUGUUUACAUUCUCUUUGGCUUGGUGACUGCAACAUUCGAGCUAUUGCUGUCCUAUGGAUGGAGUUUGUUCAAGAGGUUAGGAGGUGUUGGGAAGAGUCACAAUUAAUCCCUCGAAUGCCAGCAAAUGGUUCAAUUGACAUUUCCACUUGUUUGAUAAACCAGAAACUUCUGAUGCUUGCAUUAUGCAUUGAGAAGAAGUGCGAAAUUGAAGAAGAUUAUCAAGAUUGUAUUGGAAGUGAAGAUCAAAUAGAGUCUAUGACUGAGGAGGAAAGUGUAGUUGGGGAUGACUCAUUCAAUAUGCAGAGAAUCUGUGGGGAUUUUUCUGGGGAUGCUGACAGCUUUCCUACUGCUGGUGAUAUGCAUUAUUCUGUUAGAACAGUAUCUGCAUUUAGUGGAAAGCUUGAAGAUCCCAACCUUUUUAAUGAUAAAAAAUCUUCAGACGGCUCCAGGAGAGGUUCAGCUGGUAUUGUUGAUUCUAUGAUGCUUCUAAAGUCAAAUGAAAGCAUGCAUCCCCCAUACACCCAGGAAGCACCACUUAUGACAGAAGACAUGCAAGAAGAGUUCCUCCAGGCUGUUGAAGGCUGUAGCGAUCCAUUGAAUUUCGCUACCCAGGUGGAAAGGGACACAAUAGCUUCAAACAUGUCAGCAUUCAAAGCAGCAAAUCCAGAUGCUGUUCUUGAAGAUUUUAUUCGUUGGCAUUCACCUGGGGAUUGGAUAGUGGAUGACCUUGAGGUUGAGAUGUCAAAAGAUAAUUGGCCUCCAAGAGGAAGGCUUUCAAAGAGAAUGUCCGAGAAUGGGAACUCGUGGAGAAAUAUUUGGAGCAGCACACCUGCUCUUCCUGUUUCCGAACAUAAGCCUCUUCUAGAUCCAAAUCGGGAAGGAGAAAAGGUUCUUCAUUAUCUGGAAGCUUUACAUCCACAUCAGUUGCUUGAGCAAAUGGUGUGUACUGCCUUUGGAGCAGCAGCCGACACCUUAAUUCAAAGUAAUUAUGGAGAGCUGAAACUGAUGGGGACUAUGAUGCAGUACCUUUACCUUACGUUGUCACCUGCUUUGAAGCCCUUGCAAGAAAAUCGUUUAUCUGCUGAUAGUGAGACUAUUGACGACCUAAGACGAAUGUGUGUUGUUUUCCAACACGUAGAGAAAUUACUGACUCUAGCAGUUUCUCUUCAUCGCAAGUUUUUACAAGCACCUCGCCUAGCCAGAGAAAUUUUCAAUGAUUUCUACAGCUUCUAUUUUCCAAGAAUGGGAAUAGGCCUGAUGAAAGAAAAGGAGUUUGACAAGAAACAAGCGGUGUGGAAUGAGGAGAGAGAAGUGGUGUCAAAUAUGCUUGUUCAACCCACUGCAAACCAAUCAUGGAGAAAGGUUUUGAGUAUGGGCAAUCUUCUCAAUGGCCAUGAACCAAUCCUGAGGGAGACUAUUUUUUCAGUGCAUGGAAUGAAUGGUAAUCACUAUGCAACUUCUACUACUUGUGUUUCGGAACGAAAAAUUGAAACUUACCGCAUGAGGAUAGAAAUUGCAUUUAAAAAGAGUGACUUUAAGGAUGAUGAGUGCCCUGUGUGUCAAUCACUAUUGGCCUUGCAGGGAACAUUAAUUCCCAAGCAAGGGCUACCUACCCGAUUUAGUACCCCGCAAAAUAAGGAGGAGGGACAUGCCCAUGAAAUAUUUGACUAUCUCAAGACUCCAUUUAUUGCUGGUGGCGUCCACACCCACGCGCGGGAUGUGCACGUCUGCACCACACCCCAACUCUUGCAACUUGCAAGAACUAGACACAGAGAUUAUUUAACGCUACAGAAUUGGGAAAUGUGA